CAUGUUAGUGAUUUUAGUCUAGUUAGGUUUAAGUAAAUAUAAAGUUAGCUACCGAGUGCUAACGUGAGUUAGCUAACGCGCGUUAGCUAGUCAGUGACUUACGUCUUCUCGUGUUUGUGUUUAGUUGGGACCUCAUGGACCUCGUGGUCGUCUUCGUUUCUAUCAUGAGCAUCGUUUUAAACGUGAUGAGGGUGUCACGGCAUCUUCCCAUAAAUCCCACCAUCCUGAGAGUCUUCAGAGUGCUGAGGCUGGCUCAAAGUACGCGCGCACACACUUUUUAGAAGAAUGGCUGUGUGUGUGUUUUGAAUGCAUGUGCACAACGUUAUUCGUGACCACCUCCACCGUCUCUCUUUAGUCCCGAAGGCCAAAAGGAUUCGCGCCCUGCUGAAAACGAUCAUCAAAACGCUGUCGCAGGUUGGAAACAUUAGUCUCCUCUUCCUGUUCUUCUUUUCCAUCUACGCGGCGCUGGGAGUGGAGUUCUUUGGCCGUCUAGAAUGCGCCGCGGACGACCUGUGCCUCGGAUUAAACGAGCACGUCAACUUCAAGCACUUCGGCAUGGCCCUGUUCACCCUCCUCCUGGUGUGCACCGGGGACAACUGGAGUGUGAUUAUGAUGGACACCCUGAAGCAGUGUCGUCCUGGAGAGUGUGCAGACUACCUCAUGUGGGUCUCUCCGCUAUACUUCAUCACCUUUGGGGUCAUCGCCCAGUUCAUGCUCGCCAACCUUGUUGUUGCCGUCAUCGUGCAAGCUAUGGAGCACAGCAACACGGCAAAGGAAGAAGAAGUGUCUGGAGUGUCUGCGGCUAAUCUCGUUGUCUCAGGAACUUCUGAUCCAGUUUGUUGAUUUUAACCCCACACGGUUCUACACAGGUUUAAGUAUAAGCAUUUCAAUGUCGAAUUUGUACAUGUUCCUUGAAUUUUAAUGUUGUUUUAUGAUGGUUUGAAGCAUUUGUUCUAUUCCAAUAGAACGAUUUAUUGAUUUAACUGCUAUUUCUAUUUAAGAAGUGAUAUAUGUAUAUAUUUCUAUGUAUAUCUGUAUUUUAGCCACUCGGUUUCUUUGAAAGCAGUUGAUCUAUUCUUGAAGAACAAUUUAUUGAUUUAACUGCUAUUUUAAUGUUUCAAAAAUGUGUAUAUAUUUCUUCAUGUAUUUUUAUGUCUAAUGUUCUUUUGGAAAUCAGUUGAUCUAUUCUUGAAGAACGAUUU